UUUCAAACAGUGUUUAUUAGUAAAAUAUACAAAUCAAUAUCAACAAUGCAAAUAUAUAGAUAAUAUAUGUUAGCAAUACUAAACCUAAAAGUGUGGGUAUAAUAAUAAUCAAUAAUAAAUAAGCUCUAUCGAUGUCUAGGGGAUAAUGAAUUGUCAUAUGUGAAUAUAAAGUUCAGUUCAGUUCAUACAUGCUGAGGUUCUUGUGUUUUUGUGUUCUUGUGUUUUAAUCGUGUUUUGGUUCUUGUGUUUUAAUCGUUGGAGAGAGAGAGCGAACAGUGACAGCUAUGGUCAGGCAAACCUUCCUUCACAUGUUCUUGAUCCGUCGAUGUGUUGUCGUGGCCAUUCAGGUAUGACCCCUCUGUCCUUCAGCUAGACCGUUCUUCUGUGGUGGACUCGUCACCCAGGCAAGGGCAGACACACACACAAGCCCCCACCGGCCCUGCUAUAACACUAUGAGUUAAACUGACUAAUCCUUUGUUCCGUCUUCGAUGCCCCACACCUUCUCGUCGGUUCCAACACUCAAGCAGUGCUCACUGGUGUGUCUGAGGGGUGUCUCCCCAGACCUCACUUUUAUCCCUACUCAUGGGGUCUCAGGUGUCAAUCAGUUUUGAAUGGCUUAGCCCAUCAAACCAGCCCACUCCAGCUGUCCACUGAGGAAUUUUAAUGAACAGAAUGGUACCAAGUAAACAGCCCUCUCCGGAGCCAUAAGUCUUUCAGGAGUCAUAAUAUGGUGGGUCAACAUCUCUCUCCCCCAGUGUUAUCUCUCCCUUAUCUGAAGCAAAUGUUCCAGUCCCAGUAUGUUUUCCCUUUGUCUCUCUUUCUCUCUCAUUAGCAGCGUGGUAACAGUAGCAGUUUGUGAUUCUCCUGGGGGGGGGGGGGGAAACAUGGGCAACUCUGUACCCUUCUGCCCAUCAGAGUUGUUCAUCCUUCGUAACAACAGAAUCUGGAGACGUUUCAAGAAAAGCUCAAAUCUGUACAAAGUUAGGUUAGGCAUAGAGCAGGGAUCUGAGGGACAAUCAAUCCAGCCAAAGUGAGGUCUGCAGCAAUGACUAGGGUUUUCUGAGCCACACUGAGAUUUGUUAACACCAAUAUGCAUAUGGAGACACAAGAAAUCUCACAGCUAGGACAAACAUAUGAUAGAUAAUGGGAUCUCUAGUCGAAACUUCGUCUGCCUUUUCCUUCCAUAGAUUCUGCCUGACCCGCUGAGUUCCUCCAGCGCUCCUGGUGCAGGAGUCUGCAGGUCACUGACCUUGAGAGUAGUGCAUGGGUCCGAGCUGAGGCAUGUAAACCUGCUGCCUGCGGAGAGCAGCAUGAACUUGAGCUUUGCGGGCAGUGAGCCAGCACCUGCAGACUCGGUGGUGUCCGGGCCUAGGGAUCUGCAGUGAUGAGCCUGGGUCCGUGGCCAUAGGCUGUGACUACUGAGCAACACAUACAAAAUGUUGGAGGGACUCAGCGGGCCAGGCAGCACCUACGGAAAAAAGACUCGAUGUUUCGGGCCGAGACGUCCACACUUUACUCUUUUCCCUCCAGCAUUUGGUGUGUGUGGGAUUUCCAGCAUCCGCAGAAUUUCUCUUGCCUGACACUACCGAACCUGGAUGGGUCAGGGUCAGGGGCAGAGCACCGAUGCCAGAGCCUGGCCCUCAGGCCGCGGCGAACAGAACCAGACCCUCCAACCCCCGGUCACUGAGCAGCAAAGCGAUGUAGCUAUUGGUUAGUGGCGACAGGAAGUGGGCUUUGGUUGGCCGUUGCCCCUCGUUACCGGCGCAACCUGUAGACUCACCGGAAAUUUGCGGCGGCGGCGGCCGGGCUGGGAGCCGGAGCUAGCGGCGGCAUGGACAGUCACUGUUCAAGGAGACAUGCAGACCAAAUAAAAAGAGACAAAGAGCGGUCAGAGGAACGGAGUGAGCUGCUGUGAUUGCCAAAGCCGUCAUGUGUACCUGCUGCAAAUAGAGCUGACCAAAAUGUUUUAAUGAACUUUGAUGAAAAACAUGAUAGAUAUCUGAUACUACUUCAGUACAGGAACAGGAUAUUGAAAAAGCUGAAAGCAAAAAGUCCUAAACAAAUCCAGCUGGAGCGUUUGGAACAAGGGUUUUCCAUCUAUGUAAAUGGUGCCAACUCUGAACUAAAACAGCAACCAAGAUAUGAAACAACUUCAAGAUCAGUAUGGACAGCUGAUUCAGCUUCACGAUCGACUUCCAAUGCUGAAGAGCUGCAAGAGAGAGAAACACUGAAACGACGAACCCGAACUGCGCCAGACAAAGUUCAGCGAAAGGCUUGGGUACAGUCUUCGGUCCAUAUUAAAACAGAGAAAGGUGUGCAGUUGCACUUUGGUCCACUUGUAGAUUACUCUAAUGAUUUUGAACCUUAUGAAAGUAUUAACAUGGAGACACAGGAGCUACUGUGUAAUUGCUCUCAGAAUCUCGGUGAUAAAUCAUCCAAGCACAGAGGCGACUCCUGUGCCUUUUCAGAGUCCUCCUUCAUAAAGCCAUCAAGGACAUCAGAAACCUGCUGUUGUGCUGGCAAUGAAAAAAUACUACUGAAUGUGCAAGAUAUUAAGCUAUUGAGAAGAAGCCUGCAGCCAAAUGGUGACCUCCAGCUUAAUGAGGAGAAGAGCAUUGGCAGCGAGGACUCCGAUUCACUGGAGGAUGAUAUUGUAGAGCAGAUUGAAACUCAGGGUUCAGCAGAGAUACAGCUGAAUAAAGAACCAAAACACAGCAGUGUACAAUCUGGAGAUCUGAUUGUACUUGAUUUUGGGCCUAGUACAAAAAGCAUACAAAAACAGCAGCUUCUAGCAGUAAGGCGAAAAGAUGAUGUUGCAUCCUACAUUCCUUUGAAACCUCUUCUUGUGAAAAGUAAAUCUUUUGACCGGUCUGCCACUCCUGCUUCUAACCAACAAACAAAGCAAGACUUCCACCACGAAAGGGUACAUUCUGCUGUGAGAAGGAAUACAUGCCAUACCAAGGAUCCAGACUUAUCUGCUUCAGUCAUUUUCCAAGCAAUGCAGAAAGAAAAUGAAGAUGUGCUGAAAAUAAAAGAAAAACAGAGCACAGUAAUAAGAACACCAACGUGUUGGCAAUUGCAUUCACCAGAUGCAGCCUUGAAUGGAAGAUUGCAGUGUUCAUCAGUGAAGCAUGAGAUGAUCAAUAGAGCUAUUGAGCGAAUCGGUCUCUUGGAACCCAGGCAACAAAAGAAGCUUCGAAAAGUACUGGAGAAAAUAGAUGAUCCUUUGAAUGAGAGACCCAGUAACAGUACUUUAAUAGCUCAAAAUUCACUCAGUACUGAGACUCACCAGAGUGUUGGAGUAUUUGACAGGCAAUCUGCAAAGGAUAUAAUUUAUGUCUCAAUGGAAAUUUUAUCGAACUGGGGCAAUGAUCACAAAGUGGGCUUAACAGAAGUGCAGUUUUUUGACCUAAAACAACAGAAGAUUUCUGUUUCACCUCAUGAUAUUGAUGUCAGAAAUGCAUAUUGUCCUGGAAAUUUGGACUCUUUAGUAAAUGGAAGGACAAAGACCACAAAAGAUCGUCAUAUGUGGUCCUGUUCUUUCCACCCACCAGUUCAAUUAUACUUUGUUCUACGAAACGCUAACAAAGUGUGUGACUUUGGUAUUUCUAAGAUCAAGAUCUGGAAUUAUAACAGAAGCCUCAAUGAUCUUGACGUUGGGGUGAAAAGUGUAAGGAUUUAUAUGGAUGGUAAUCUGGUACAUGUAGGUGAGCUGGAAAAAGGCUGUGGAAACCAGGUGUUUGACUACAGUACGAUCAUUGAUCUGAGGCCGAGCAAAAGAGGAUUUUAUAUGUCCAAUGGGAGUGAUAUGGAAGAAGAAGUUGAUAGUUUGGAAAGAGAACAUUGUAUUCCAUCUUCAGAACAAGCAAGUACCUCAGGCUUUUUGAAUUCAGUGCUAAAUAAUAAGAAAAGCAUUUCCAUUGGGAGUGAUACAGAAGAACAAAUUAAAGAAGCUGGGAACUCAAAAAGAAAUUCUGACUUUUGGUUGUCACACCAAGCAAGUUGCUCAGUUUUAAAUUCAAGUUUUGACAGUGAUAAAAACAUGUUAAAUUAUUCAUUUGGCUCAACAAAGAGUAAGAUUUCUGCCUUGGAAGGAGACAUGACGUUAAAAGCUCCUGUGUCACUUGAGGAGUCACUUUUAAGGAUAAAUAUUUCAGAAGUCAAUAAGCAACUGGAAGAGGUUCAUUCUGUUGAAUCCCUGGGCCCAGAGUAUCAGCAGGAAAAGCCAUCUGGAAAGAAAAUAGCAGAGAUGUCGUCAGUUUCAAAAGUGCCACUGUGGUUAAAAUCACCAGAUGACGAAAAGUCCCAGGAAAGUAAGUUGAAGAAGCCCCCAUGGCUGAGUGAUGAAGUGCAUGGAGAUCUAAAAAUGAACAGUUCAAGCAAAAUCAAUGAUACCAUUUGGCCUGAUCUGUUUGAUCUUGCUCAAAGUCACAAAGAUGCUGUUGAUACAACAAAUAAGAUCUUAAACUGCAAUAGAAAAGAAUUAUCUGGCCCUCAUGAGGAGGGCAAAAUGCAUACUGACAGAAGUGAAUUGGACUUUAUGGACAAUCUUGAGGAAAGCGACUUUUGUGUUCAUUCACUAGAGGAAGAGAGUCCAAGAAGUGAUGGAAUCAUUGGUGAAAGGCGAAGUUCUUUGAAGAGGCCAAGAAAUACAGAAUUGCUUCAUAUGAUUGAUGAUGAUGAGUUGCUUCAAAUGGAUUGCCAGAAGCCUUCAAAGUCUGUGGGGUCCACGAGAGCCAAGUGGCGAAAUGAGCAGGACGACACCCUAAUGGAAUCAUGGGAUUCUUUAUUACAGUUCAACAAGUCACAACGAGGUCGUUUAGCAAAUAUGGAUUUCGAAGGAGACAUAUUUGAUGAAUUCUUGCAGGAACAAAGAAUUGGAAGAGAAUCAAGACUUAAAUCCUUGCACCAGGAAUCAAUACAGGAACUCAAAGAGAAGAAAGAAGAACAUACAAUGGAUCCUGAAAGAGAUGAUGAUGGAAGUGAUUUUGAAAUUCCUGUUUUACCAUAUGGCAGUCACUUGAUAAUUAACAUUAUAUCUACUUGGGGUGAUCGACAUUAUGUUGGACUUAAUGGGAUUGAAAUAUUCAGUUCAACUGGAGAACCUGUAAAAAUAGCACAAAUAAAAGCAAAUCCAGCAGAUAUUAACAUUUUGCCUGCUUAUGGGAAAGAUCCUCGGGUAGUUUCAAAUUUGAUUAAUGGUAUUAACAGGACGCAAGAUGAUAUGCAUCUCUGGCUAGCACCUUUCACGCCAGAAAAGCCACAUUUCAUCUAUAUUGACUUUGAAAAUUCCUGUCACAUAGCUAUGAUUCGAAUCUGGAAUUACAAUAAAUCAAGAAUACAUUCUUUCCGUGGGGUUAAAGAUGUAGAAAUCUCAUUAAAUGGAAAGUUCAUUUUUAAAGGAGAAAUAGCCAAGGCAUCAGGAACACUAAGUGAUGCUUUGGAGCAGUUUGGAGAUACGAUACUGUUUACUACAGACGAUGACAUUCUGGAUGCAAUGUCCCAGUAUGAUGAAACAUUUAUGGCUGGUAUUGAUUAUACUCUGCCACUUACAUUUGAGGAAGAGCUCAAUAGACCUGGUACUGCAAACGAUGGAGAUGAGAGGCCAUUCACACAAGCUGGCUUUAGGGCCAAGGAUAAACAGGAGGAAGAACAAUCGUUCUUGCUGUCGGUUGGACUAGCCAGUCAGGUACUUGGUGAAUAUACAGGGAAAACUGUACAGCUAAAUUUCACAGCUACAUGGGGAGAUUCCCACUACCUUGGACUGACUGGACUGGAAGUUAUAGGCAAAGAUGGGCAAGCACUACCUGUCACAAUGGACAUUAUUGAAGCAAAGCCAAGAGAUCUGAAUGAACUGCCAGAAUAUGAUGAAGACAGUAGGACAUUGGACAAGCUAAUAGAUGGGAUUAAUAUCACUACAGAAGAUGAGCAUAUGUGGCUGGUUCCUUUUACGAAUGGAGAGAAUCACAUUCUCACAAUCAAUUUCAAUCAGCACCAACACAUUGUUGGAUUUCGCUUUUGGAACUACAACAAAUCCCCAGAGGAUACCUACAGAGGGGCAAAGGUAGUUCACAUUACACUUGAUGGAUACACCAUUUCACCACCAGAAGGCUUCCUCAUUCGGAAAGGUCCAGGCAAGUGUCAUUUUGACUUUGCUCAGGAAAUUCUCUUCAUAGAUUACCUCCAGAAGAUCAAUGAGGCAGCACCAAAGCAGCAAAUUGGGAACUAUCCUAAGAAGAUGGAACAGGCUAGUAUGGACUAUGAAGCUCCACUCAUGCCAUGUGGCUUUAUUUUUCAGCUUCAGUUGCUGACUACAUGGGGAGAUCCCUAUUACAUUGGACUGAAUGGACUGGAACUCUAUGAUGACAACGGUGAAAAGAUUCUACUGACAGAGAAUAAUAUUGCUGCUUUCCCGGACAGUGUGAAUGUUUUAGAAAGUGUUUCAGGAGAUGUCAGAACCCCAGACAAACUAAUUGAUGGAGUGAAUGACACCAAUGAUGGCAGGCACAUGUGGUUAGCCCCUAUUCUUCCUAAUUUGGUGAAUCAGAUCUACAUAAUCUUUGAUCGCCCAAUGGUUGUAUCAAUGAUUAAGCUCUGGAAUUAUUCAAAAACCCCUCAAAGAGGAGUAAAAGAGUUUGGGCUGCUUGUUGAUGAUCUAUUAGUCUACAAUGGAAUUCUGGAUAUGGUGAGUCAGGUGGCCCGUGGUAUCCUUCCAACCUGUGAGCCGGUUAUUCCAUAUCAUACCAUUCUUUUCACCCCUGAUGAGAAGAUUGCACAGAGAGAGAGAAAUACGGUCAUAAGCAACCAAGUGGAAGGUCAAGAUGUGAAAUUGACUAAUGAGCAUCAAAUUAUUCAUCGAUCCAAAAAGAAGCAAGCUGCUGACCCAGCUUUGCGACCAAAUACAUGCAUUACAGACAAGGGAUCUACGAGAAGACGAUUUUGAUAAAAAAAAUCUCAGUGUGGUGAAUUGUCUUGAAAUAUCUAGUUAUUUCCUUGAUUAGAAUUUGUAUAACACUCUCGAUGUUAAUAACUGAAACACAGCAAGAAUGACAAGAAAUCUUCAAAGUUGGAGCAGACUGAGUACACUUAAUGACUACCUAAUAUUGAGUUAAAGAUUAACAUGCAUGAAUUGUUACUCACUAUCUAAAUAUUGCUUUUUGGUUUCUUGGGAGAAAUGAGAGUGCCAUAUCACCCUGUAUUGAGAUAUAUUUCUUGUCAGUCAAAUGUAGCGUGGCCAAAUGUAGCAUUGAGUAAACUAUUUAUUCAGUGCUAUAAUGUGCCUUCAUCUUGAGCAGCCUUUACAAUACCAAACUCACCAAUAUUGUGUGCCAAUCAAGCUGUACCAUUAAUUAAUUGAAUUGAUGCUGUAACAAAUAUUGAUCUCGCCUCAAAACUUUUAAAAUUUGGUACUGUGAUGACAUCAAUAUACCCAUCAAAAUUGAAUAUUUGUCCACCUCUGUUAAGUAGAUAGAUGUAACGUACUUUUCUAAACCUGACUUGUAUGUGUAAGGAAUUGUUCAAACAUCUGGAUUGUAAUCAAAUUCAGCUGAGGAAUUCUCAUUCUGAAAUAUGUAUAUUACAAACACCUUGGAUAUAUAUUAAACCUAUUUAUUCUAAGAUCUAGCACUUGUUAAGGUAUGGGAAUGUUUUUUUAAUAAAUAUGUUCCUGCCUUUAGAAUAUCUAUUACCAUCAUUCAAGUAGUAUUAUUUAUCUUGCAUAAAUACUAAAUGGCCUUGAAACAUUACUUGCUUAAACAGUGUACAUUCCUAUUUUAUGAACUUAAGUUUGUAGUAGUUUAAUGAUACAACAAUUCAAUAGGUAUUAAGAGUGGGAAGUAUAAAAUGUUAUAUGUAUUUAUUAGGAUUUCUGUCCAAAUGGCUUCAUCUCAUAUUGAGAACUCUUAUUCGUUAACAUCUCACGACAAUAGAUGAGUAUUGUAAAGUGUAAUUUUAAAAAAGCUAGAUACAAUACUUAUGAUAGAUUAUAUUG